AUGGCGACGAUUAUGUUUGGCCUCUUCAUGGUAACCUUUCUCUAUGGUUUCAUUGUGCCCAUCGUUGGCUACAUCACCGAGAUCCGCCUAGGUCGCGAUCCUGCCCUUACGCAGGGCUAUACCUCUGCUCUAUUGUUCAUCGAGGGUUUCGUUGCAGUCGCUUGUGCGCCCAUCAUCGCCCAUUUUGCGGACAAGACAUCGAACCGGCGCACUCCUCUCCUCCUUGCGAUCGCUGGCUCCGCCGCCGGUACCGCGCUGUUUGCCGCAGCUCCAUCAGAGGCAGCGUCAAGCUCAGCGGCCUGGAUCGUAUGCUUCGCUACGCUGGCCGACUGUACUGAUCGUGAGCAUGUUGGCCGCACCAUGGGCACAGCCAUGUCCUUUGUCUCUGCCGGCAUUGUCACGGGACCCGUAGUGUCGGGCGUGAUAUUGCAGUUGAUGGGGUACUGGGUAGCAUGGUCGGUGCCCCUCGUACUGCUUGCUAUCAACUUCGUUGCCCGCCUACUUCUACCCGGUAAUACCGCGUUGGUCGUGCACGAGAGUGAAGGUGUCUCGCACGAGACCGACCCUUUACUAGCCCCCGAAGCUCUCGAGGCCAGUAAUGCCAGACUGGGCUCCGAAGAGCCGGUAGCUGCGGCUCCCUUUGCCUUUUAUCGGAUCAUCCUGUGCAAGUGGCGUGUGCUAGCAGGUCUUGCAAACUCUUUGAUGGUUUCCAGCAUCUUUUCGGGCUUUGAGGCAACCCUCCCCACACACUUGCGGUCGACGUUUGGCUGGAAUAGCUUGCAAAUUGGCCUCAUCUUCCUCUCGCUACAGCUUCCUGGAAUAUUGACUGGCCCACUCGUUGGAAGUCUUCGCGACCGCUUGGGCUUACGGUUCCCGACCGUCUUAGGCUGGGCUCUCCUGGCACCUCUGCUCUUCGCCGUGGGCGUACCGGGAUCGCACAAAUCACCAUGGGCAGACUCCCAAAUUGCCGAGCAAAUUGUCUUCAUAUCUGCUUUUACAGGGAUCGGUCUUUUUGCGCCUCUUGUACGUGGCGUAGGCACCCUUCAACUCAUAAUCAUCGCCGACGAGCUCAAGGACAGUCAUCCAAGUGUUUUCGGGGUUCAUGGCAGUAACUCGAAGAUGUACGCAAUCACGGAGGUGGCUUUCAAUGUGGGCAUGAUGUUGGGCCCAUUGAUCGGUGGUGUUUUGUCGGAAACUUUGGGAUUCAGCAACAUGUGUUGCGCUCUUGCUAUACUCGCGGUGCUUGUCGGCAUUGCAGGCUACGGCUCACUACUGAUCGAGAGCCCUCGUUCGGCCGACGAGGCACAUGCAUCAGCCGAAGUGUCCAACGAUAACUCUGUCAGUCGCUCAAACACUAAUUUACACCCCGACGGUCCCAGCAAUGCUCGCUGCGAAGAGAGAACACAUGAAUCGGAUAUUCCACCCACACUACGGUACGGUACGAACCAUCUCACACAGAACCAUGCGGAGCUGCAUAAGGGCGAAUACACUGCCUAG